CGAAGGCAGGAAGGGCUGUGGCUGGAACCGAGGCGGUGACGGGGGCAGGGCUGUGGGACCGAGCGAGGCCCGGAAAGCAAGGAGGACCCUGUCUGCGGAGCCGGGCUGGGCCGUGCCGUGCCGGCCCAGCAGGUCCUGAAUCAUGGCUGUGUGGAUUCAAGCUCAGCAGCUCCAAGGGGAUGCUCUGCGACAGAUGCAAGCCCUGUAUGGACAGCAUUUCCCUAUAGAGGUCCGCCAUUACCUCUCACAGUGGAUUGAGGGACAGCCAUGGGACUCCAUUGAUCUUGACAAUCCUCAGGAGGGUGCCAAAGCCACACAGUUGUUAGAGGGACUGAUCCAGGAACUACAAAAAAAGGCAGACCACCAGGUGGGCGAGGAUGGCUUCCUUCUAAAAAUCAAACUGGGUCAUUAUGCCACUCAGCUACAGAAUACAUAUAAACACUGCCCUCUGGAGUUAGUACGCUGCAUUCGACACAUCCUAUACCAUGAGCAACGCCUGGUGCGAGAAGCCACAGAUAGCCCUUCACCAGCUAGCAGCCUGGCUGAUGCCCUGUCCCAGAAGCACCUUCAGAUCAACCAGGCCUUUGAGGAAUUACGCCUGGUCACCCAAGACACUGAGAACCAGCUGAAAAAGCUUCAGCAGACUCAGGAAUAUUUCAUUAUCCAGUACCAAGAGAGCCUUCGUCUACAAGCCCAGUUUACUCAGCUUUCUCAGCUAAACCCCCAGGAACGUAUGGCCCGUGAGCCUAGUUUGCAGCAAAAAAAGACAUCACUGGAAGCUUGGCUGCAUCGGGAGGCUCAGACAUUACAACAGUACCGUGUAGAACUGGCUGAAAAGCACCAACAGACACUGGCUUUGCUCCGCAAGCAGCAGACUAUAAUCUUGGAUGAUGAGUUGAUCCAGUGGAAGAGGAGGCAGCAACUAGCAGGAAAUGGUGGCCCUCCUGAGGGGCCUUUAGAUGGCCUGCAAGCAUGGUGUGAGAAACUGGCUGAGAUCAUUUGUCAGAACCGUCAACAAGUACGCCGUGCUGAACACCUGUGCCAGCAGCUGCCUAUCCCUGGACCCAUUGAAGAGAUGCUAGCAGAUCUUAACACCACCGUCACAGAUAUAAUUUCUGCACUAGUCACUAGCACGUUCAUAAUAGAAAAGCAGCCUCCGCAGGUGCUGAAGACUCAGACCAAGUUUGCGGCAACAGUACGACUACUGGUUGGAGGAAAGUUAAAUGUUCACAUGAACCCCCCACAAGUAAAGGCCACCAUCAUCAGUGAGCAGCAAGCCAAAGCCCUACUAAAGAACGAGAGUACCCGCAAUGAGAGCAGCGGUGAUAUCUUGAACAAUUCCUGUGUUAUGGAAUAUCAUCAGGCAACUGGAACACUGAGCGCUCAUUUCCGCAACAUGUCCUUGAAGCGGAUCAAGCGUUCGGAUCGACGUGGUGCUGAGUCAGUGACUGAGGAGAAAUUCACCAUUCUUUUUGAGUCUCAGUUCAGUGUUGGUGGCAAUGAGCUAGUCUUCCAGGUGAAGACAUUAUCUCUGCCUGUGGUGGUAAUUGUGCAUGGCAGCCAGGAUAAUAAUGCCACUGCCACAGUGCUAUGGGACAAUGCUUUUGCGGAGCCAGGACGUGUGCCGUUUGCUGUGCCGGACAAGGUGAUGUGGUCACAGUUGUGUGAGGCUCUCAACAUGAAGUUCAAGUCUGAAGUCCAGAGCAGUCGAGGACUCACAAAGGAGAAUCUUCUCUUCCUAGCCCAAAAGCUCUUCAAUAGCAGCAUCAACCAUCUGGAAGAUUAUAAUAGUAUGGCUGUCUCCUGGGCUCAGUUCAACAGGGAAAAUCUUCCAGGGCGAAAUUAUACAUUCUGGCAGUGGUUUGAUGGGGUGAUGGAAGUCCUGAAGAAACACUUGAAGCCUCACUGGAAUGAUGGGGCUAUUCUAGGUUUUGUCAACAAGCAGCAGGCACAUGACUUGCUAAUCAAUAAACCAGAUGGAACCUUCCUCCUGAGGUUCAGUGACUCUGAAAUUGGAGGUAUCACAAUUGCCUGGAAGUUUGAUAAUACUGACAGAAUGUUCUGGAACUUAAUGCCCUUCACCACCCGUGACUUCUCCAUCCGCUCCCUGGCAGACCGCCUUGGUGACCUCCCGUACCUCCUUUAUGUGUACCCUGACAGGCCCAAGGAAGAGGUUUUCUCCAAAUAUUAUAUGCCAGUCCUUGCAAAGGCUGUGGAUGGAUAUGUAAAGCCACAGAUCAAGCAAGUUGUGCCAGAGUUUGCUGCCCCAUCAGGAGACUCUGCCGGUGGAGGGACUACCUACAUGGAACAAGCAUCAUCACCAGCUGUUUGCCCUCCUCCUCACUACAUGUACACACAGAAUCCUGACUCAGUGCUGGAUCCAGAAGGAGACUUCGACUUGGAUGAUUCAAUGGAUGUGGCACGACACGUGGAGGAACUGCUGAGGCGCCCCAUAGACAGCCAGUGGAUCUCCCAUGCUCAGUCUUGACCCUGCCCCUUCCCUGGAGAGACCACGAGGAGACUGUGAAACCUUGGAAGCACUGCCCUGAGGGAGGGUGCAGCUGCUGUAGGGAUAGGUUUCCCCACCCUGUGGGGAGGCCUCUGGCUGAGAGGGUGAGGUACCCGAGAGACAGUGGGUGCUGUUUCUCUCCUUGCCCAUGUAGAAAAGGCAGUGGAGUGUAUUGCUUGGUUUUCCACCCGCUGUUCUGAGAGGCUUGCCUCAGACCUUUCGCUUCUGCACACCGUCUCCUCCUGCCAUGCUACCAUUUCAUUCAUGCUGGGAACCCUUCUCUCUCCUCCCUGCAGAAUACAACACACUGCCAUUCUUGUCUAGAAGCCUUUUGGUGUCUGGGACAAGAGGGGACUGAGCUGUGGAGGAGAGUAAGCCUUAUUCAAAGCCUUGUCGUUUGAUGUCUGAUUUCUUUCUUUUCUUAGCUGCUUCCAGGAUAACCAGUGUGCGUGUGCCUGCAUUUGGCCUAUGUUUCCAGCGCGCAUGCCUGUGUGCAGCAUUCUGUGUACAAGAGGCAUUCACCCUGGGAGCAUUGCUUCUCUUUGGGCCUCCACUGCAAUGCAGCCUGCCCCUGCCAGGUUCCCCCAAGCCCUCUGGAGCCUUUUUUGUAUGUCUGCAACCCACUUCCAGCUCUUUCAGUUUGCCUUGUUGCAAGACACUUGCUUACCUCCAAGCGCCUGCAUUUAGUGCUGUUGGGUUUUGACAUGUCAGAUGCUUUUUUCCUAUGAAUCACAAAUUCAGCAGAUUGUGGAGGAUGCUUUCAUUAAAAUACAUGGCAAAAUACAGAAUUACAAUUGGAAUAA